CUCCCAACCGCUUGACUGACUUGUCAAGUCCUUGGCGCGCCUUUUAUCAAACCCACUCUUCCAUCUUCCCCAAAACCCUCUUCUCAUCCAAACAAGAAAAAAAAAUCCCUCCUUUUCUCACUGUGUGACAAUGAAUCCGAGACAAAGGACACAGCUUCUCAGUGCUGCUUAUGACGGCAAACUCGAACAACUCAAAAGAUUUGCAUCUGAACUAGACGAGGUAACUGGAGAUGGAAUUUCAACAAUACUUGGGAAUACUAAAGAUGGAAACGGAAGGAGAGCUAUUCAUCAUGCUGCUUCCGGAGGAAAACUGGAUGUUCUCAAGUACUUGAUUGAAGAAAUCAAACUGGAUGUUGAUGUGAAAGAUGGGAGAGUAAGUACGAGCCUGAGUUGUGAUACACUUUGUGUUGACGUGGCUGCCGUGGAAUAUCUUCUUCAAAUGGGUGCGAAUCCUGAAAUACGAAAUGAGAGAAAUAUGAAUUCUUUGCAUCAUGCCGCUAUGCAAGGGCAUAAGGAUAUCACACCCUUGUUACUUUCAAAAGGUAUCAAUGUGGAUGAUACUGAUGAUUUUGGCUCAGCGCUACGAUAUGCUGCUGGUGGUGACAAACACGAUACUCUUAAAGUUCUUCUAGAUCAUGGGGCGAAUCCUAAUUUGGUCUUCCAUGAGACAUUUACUCCACUUCAGGCAUCCAUCGAAGGCCUUUCUUCGCGGUGUGCAGAGCAAUUACUGAAGGCAGGUGCUGAUCCAAAUGGUGGACCAGAUGGAGUAAGAGCUCUGCUACUUGCAGCUGAAGUGGGGGCAACAACAGAAAUCAUCGAGGAAAUGGUUGAUGCUGGUGCUGCUGAUCCAAAAUUUAAAAAUUUAAAUUUCUUAACAGGGGCAACACAAAUCGUCAAGCUACUGGUUGAAGCUGGUGCAGAUCCAAAUGUUACGAAUUCACGCGGACUAAAGCCAGUAGAAAUUGCAGCUGCUAACGGUAAUCGUCGAGGUGUUGAGAUUCUUUUUCCUGUGACUUCUCCUAUGCCAUCAUAUAUUGACUGGAGCAUAAAUGGAAUAAUGAAGCGUGUAAAUUCUGAGAAGUUCCAAAAAAAGCUGAUGACUUCUAAAGCAAAGCAGCAUUUUCUUGAGGCAAAAUCAAAGGGAACAAGUGCAUUUGAAAGGAAGGAGUAUUGGCUGGCAGUAUAUUGGUAUACAGAGGCCCUCAAUAUCAAAUCUGGUGAUGCAGCUGUACUAUCCAACAGGAGUUUGUGCUAUGUGUGCUUAAACAAAGGAGAUCUUGCUUUUGAAGAUGCUCGUCAAUGCACGUUGGAAAGACCAGACUGGCCUAAGGCGUUUUACAGGGCAGGCGAAGCACUCAAACUGCUGAAUAGGCUUGAUGAUGCUGCAGAUGCUUUUUUCAAUGGUUUGAAACUGGAUCCUAAAAAUAAAGAACUUGAGGAUGCAUUCAGGGAGGUGACUUUAGACAGGUUGAAGGCCAUGAAUGUCCCACUUUAGAUAGGAAGACUGGGUUUAUGCCUAACAUUCUGAAUCCUUUUUCUGGUAGAAGUUUCUUGUCAGGUUCUGUAAAAAGUUAGAAACUUGCCAACGUAGCUCUUGAAACAUCUAGCUAGUCUUCUUAUGUAUGUAUUGCCAACUUUAUUGUGCUGUAAGGUUCUUAGUAUCAUAACAAUUGUGUAGGUUUGCUUAAUUCUAUCAAACGCUAUAAAAUGCGUUCUUUUGGAUUGGUAGUUGCAUAAAUUGUAGCUUACUACUCAUUUUUGAAAGCUUGUUCAGAGGCUUUUCUAGUAUGAACAAUGAAACUUGAGCUUUGGUAA